AAGCACCUUGGGACCUGCCACUUUUUUUGCCCAUCAACUUACCAAGUCGCAGCUUUGCCGCCUCACAACACCACCACGAGCCGCCUCUCCCUCUCCCUUGCCGCCGCGAGAAGCUGGCCACGGGCCGCCGCUGCCGAAUUCUUCUCUUGCACUCGCCCUCGCCGCGCCGCAGAAUGCCCAAGGUCAAGCACUACUCGGCGGCCUGGCUGUCGGGCGGCGCCACGGGCCACCAGCUGUUCGAGCCGUCGGCAGAGUCGAUGCGAUCGCGGGCGCUGUCGCCGGCGUACUCGUCCAAGAAGAAGCCCGUCCCGGGACCGCGGAGGACCAUUGCGCGACGGGGCACCGAGGUCUUCGUCGCCGUAGGCAAGGAAAUCCGCUGGGGCGACCUCGUCUACCUCAAGGAUGAGUGGGCGAGCAAGCUCCAAUCGAGGGCGCGAUCCGGCUCCGCCGUUCGCAUCAAGAGGGAAGAUUCGUAUCAUUCCAUUGAUGGCGAUGGCGACAUCGGGGCCGCGCCAGGGCUUCGAGUCCUGAAAACGCCCGUGGCUGAAGACAUCCGCCAGCUCAUCAUCUCACCCAACUCAAAUUACCUCGCCAUUCUCACGACGCAUACCGUUCAUAUAUGUGUGCUGCCGGAUUCCUCACAUCUCACCAGCGAGGAUACGGGCCCCAUGCGCCCGAAGAUCUUCACACUUGGGCCUACAACGCACGUCACCUCUCGAUCGUCCAUUGCGUCUGCGCUGUGGCAUCCGCUGGGAGUUAACGGCUCCUGCAUAGUAACGGUCACGACAGACGCAAUCGUCCGUCUCUGGGAGCUGUCUCCCGAAAACCGCUGGUCGUUUGACAGUCCUGCUACUUCAGUGGACCUCAAGAAGCUCGCCGAUGGUACCACGCUGGACCAAGACUUUGCUGCGUCGACGACCACCACCAACAAGGGCUUCUCUCCUGACAGCUUCGAGAUGGAAGUGUCUGCCGCCGCCUUUGCGACUAAGGGUUCGGGCGGCUGGAAUCCAAUGACUCUUUGGGUGGCGAUGCGGGAGGGAGACGUGUACGCGUUGUGCCCCUUGUUGCCACAGCGCUGGGCACCCCCUCCCACGCUUAUACCGUCCCUGUCCGUGUCCAUUGUCACCACGGUGGCCAGCAUCGAAGAUGACCCAGCCGUGGACGACAAUGAGAGGCUCCUGGCUCAGCAGCAGAUGCAAUGGAUGGGCGAGCUGGAUUCUCAGGAACCCCAAGUCAUUGACGGUCCGCCCGGCGAACCUCCCGUCGAGGUGUUUACCAGACCAUCCCACCCAGGGGCGAUUCCGAGGCUGCAAGGCCCGUUCUACCUCGACAGCAACCCGGACACUAGUGACGAUCUCGAUGCGACAAUUACCGACAUCUUGGUCAUUGGCAAGAAGACCGAGACGGACGAUUUGAUGAUGGGCGAGGACGAGGAACUGGAUAUGGACGGGGAUCAGGAGGGCCUGUCUCUGGCCGUCAUCUGCCUGUUGUCCACCAGCGGCCAGGUCCGAGUUUACUUGGACCUCGAGGGUGUGCAGGCUCAGUGGCUGCCGCCCAGACGCAAGUCAAAAGCGACAAGGGUGCCGGCGGCACUGGACCAGCCAUCGCUCCUUGCCUUCCAGGCCAUUGAUACGAUGAGCCCGGUCGAGGUCACGGAAGAGAGCUGGCCCCUGUUCAGCACCGACGUCAUGUCCCGCUACAACUUCUUCGUCACGCAUCAGGCCGCGAUCAUGUUUGUCUCGCUUACGUCGUGGGUGUUCCGUCUAGAAGGCGAGCUACAGGGCGAUCACGAGGCUGGCACGGACUUCAGGAUUGGCUUGUUGGUGAACUCGCAGUCUGCUAGGGACAGAAUCUUCGCGCAACCAACGGCAGACAUCGCCGUUCCCUUGGCUGCCGCUGUGGCCAUUCGCGACCCGGACCUGGGCUACUUUCUGCUGUCCGCAACGCCCCAUGACCCGAUCGCGCUCACCUUCGAGACGCCCGAUAUCGACCUUGCGCCCAUUCGCGAUGAGAGCCCGGCAUGGGAGCGUGAGGCGAGCAUGGCGCCAUUGGACUUUUACGAGCCUCGGCCCGUCUUCAACCCGCCGUACGCAUUCGACGAGGGCUCGUCCUUGCCCGCAUUACUCGACCGGUUGAGGAGUUCAAGCCGCAAGACGCUGGUCAAGCAGGAAGUGAAGCUCAGCCCCCUCACGCUCCAGAUAUUCACGGAUAUGCACAAGGUUCUGAGCGAUGAGACGUAUAAGCUUGGGCUCGCAGCUGCAGAGGUGUUUCGGCGGUGCGAGCUGCUCCAGUCGGAGCUUCGGCAACAGGUGAGCAAGGCAAACGAGGUCAAGGGCAAGAUCGAUGCCAUCGGCGGGGCCAGCCGCGAUAACAACGAGGCGGACAACGCUAUGUACGAUCGACGCAUUUCUGAGGCAAAGGAGCGGCAGGAGAGGCUCGCGGAGCGAGUGGAGAAGCUGCGCAAGGUCGUGGGCAAAGCGACGACGAGAGAGCUCAGCGCCAAGGAGCGAGCUUUCGUGGAGGAAGUGAGGACGGUAGAGGCCAGCGUGACUCGCCUCACGGGAGGCGAAGAAGCCGGGAUGAGGCAACGGUCAAAGCAGUUGUGGAAGCGACUGGAUGAGGUGAAGCGCCUGCAGGGAGAACUUGUGGGCGAAGUGGAGUCUCUACGGAGGUCCGGGGACGUCGAGGUGGCGAUGUCGGCCGGCGAGCUGAGGAUCCCGCAGGACAUACGGCGCAGCAAACUCCAGCAGGUGCAAGGCUUACUGUCUCGUGAGACGGCCAUGGUGGAGGCCGUGACGGCGCGACUGGAGCGCCUGCAGAGCACCAUGUAGGAGGAGGAGGAGGAGCAUGUACCAUGUACGAAUCACGGAUCGACCGGGGCAGACAAGUGCCUGGGCUGACCGGAGGAGACGGGUUGGAAUAAGAUUCAGCCCACAUGGCCACAAGGAUUAGUAGCAGUUGGGCGGGAAUGGACAAGAGGACAAUGGCUCCAUAUGGCGUGGCGUGCGAGGUUGAGUGAGCCGCGUGUGAAGUCAUGAUGAAGAGAGGCCAGCCACUGCUUUGCGGAAGGCGGCGAUCGACCUUUUUUUUUUCUCGGCAGAUGUUGUUGGAGCAGCAACGAGGCGACGAAAUGAAGCCGGUGGCGGCCAAUGCGGCCGGAACGGGAGGGCGGUGCCGGCGGCACAUGAAAUCAGCAUCAGCAGGGGCAGCAGCAGUAGCCGGGACCCAAAAAAAAGUGAGGCUGUUGUCAGGAACAGGCUCUCAGCCAUCCAACCAAUCCAACCAGCCCCAUUCCCGAAUGCAUGUAUGUAUGUAUGUACGAAGUACAUGUCGGUUGUUGCGGUCAAGGAAAACCAAGGCAGCGAGCGAGCGAGCCAAUCAUUGGAAGACGUGGGGUGCGAGGA